CUCGCCGUAGAUCGCCGACAUAUUGUUUGUGAGGAGUAAAUUCUCGGUGAGACAAGGAGAGCGUUGAGAUUUCAGCUUUGUCAUUAUCAGUGAAAAACGCAAAUAUCAGUGAAGAAAUAACGAUGGCAGAACCCUCAGCGAGUCCUGCAAAGGAUAAUUUCAGGAUGAACCGCUAUAAGAACAAAGCACUCAACCUGGAAGAGAUGCGUCGGAGGAGAGAAGAGGAGGGCGUUCAGCUGAGGAAACAGAAACGAGAGCAACAGCUGUUUAAGAGGAGAAAUGUGGAGCUACUUGGUGAGGAGGGGGGGAUGUUCGACAGUCCUCUCAUGGACUCCUACGUCACUUCCUCCACAGCUCCAGAUGGAGUAAUUACAUGGGAUAUGGUUGAAAUGCUUUUCUCAGACGAUCCUGAACUACAGCUGGUCACAACACAAAGGUUCAGAAAACUGCUCUCAAAAGAACCUAACCCACCUAUUGACGAGGUGAUCAGCACACCGGGCAUUGUAAACAGAUUUGUUGAGUUCCUUAAGAAAAGCACCAAUUGCACAUUACAGUUUGAGGCUGCUUGGGCACUGACCAACAUCGCAUCUGGAACAUCUCAGCAGACAAAGUUUGUGAUCGAGGCCGGUGCUGUACCUGUGUUUAUCGAGCUUCUCAACUCUGACUUUGAAGAUGUUCAGGAGCAGGCUGUUUGGGCUUUAGGAAACAUUGCAGGAGACAGUGCUGUGUGCAGAGAUUUUGUGUUAAACUGUAAUAUCCUUCCACCUCUACUAGUGCUUCUGACCAAAUCCACUCGUCUCACAAUGACCAGGAAUGCUGUGUGGGCAUUGUCAAACCUCUGCAGAGGCAAGAGUCCACCUCCAGAAUUUGAAAAGGUGUCUCCAUGCCUGCCUGUGCUGUCCCGACUGUUGUUCAGCAGUGACCCAGACCUGCUGGCUGAUGCCUGCUGGGCUUUGUCCUAUCUCUCUGAUGGACCCAAUGAAAAGAUCCAGGCAGUUAUAGAUUCGGGAGUUUGCAGGAGGCUGGUGGAGCUGCUCAUGCACUCCGAUUACAAGGUGGCUUCUCCUGCUUUGAGAGCCGUUGGAAACAUUGUGACGGGAGAUGAUAUUCAGACCCAGGUGGUGUUGAACUGCUCGGCUCUCCCUUGCCUCCUGCACCUGCUCAGCAGUGCUAAGGAGUCCAUCAGAAAGGAGGCCUGCUGGACCAUCUCCAACAUCACAGCAGGAAACAGAGCCCAGAUUCAGGCAGUAAUAGACGCAAACAUCUUCCCUGUACUGAUAGACGUCCUACAGAAAGCAGAGUUUCGCACCAGGAAGGAGGCAGCUUGGGCGAUCACCAAUGCAACGUCGGGUGGUACGCCCGAACAGAUUAGGUAUCUGGUGAACCUGGGCUGCAUCAAGCCUCUGUGUGAUCUCCUCACGGUGAUGGACUCUAAGAUCGUGCUGGUGGCUCUGAACGGUCUGGAGAACAUCCUCAGACUGGGCGAGCAGGAAUCCAAACAGAGCGGCAGCGGGAUCAACCCAUACUGCAGUCUCAUAGAAGAGGCAUAUGGGUUGGACAAAAUCGAAUUCCUACAGAGUCACGAGAAUCAGGAGAUCUACCAGAAAGCCUUCGACCUUAUCGAGCACUACUUUGGAGUUGAGGAGGAAGAUGCAAGCUUGGCUCCGCAGGUGGAUGAGAACCAGCAGCAGUUCCUCUUUCCCCAGCAGGAGGCUCCCAUGGAGGGCUUCCAGCUAUAACCCGCCUUCAGACUCCUCCCCAGCCCCUGACCUUUACAACUUUCCCCGCACCCCAUAAAGGUCCUGAAUCAUCAUCAUCAUCAUCCAGGCAAAUAAAGUUGCGACCGUGACCCAGACUGAUUUAUUUAAGACAUUGAGGUGUGUUUGGCUCAGAGGAACGUCUCCGCUGCCUUGUCGCAGGAUUUUCAUUUUUGUUUCCCAACUAGAUGAUGCAGCUAAUAACCAUCCCCUCAGGUAGAAUACAAAGCGCUGCGUCGUUUUUAUUUUUUAGGGGAAGUAUGCUUCGGUUUUCACCAUCUUGGAAAAAUGAAAGAGUCAUUUACUUUCCCAAUCAACUUUAGAAAAUCGCUUUUCUUUUGAUCCCAGUUUUGGUUUUGUCGAAUUCAUUUUUGUUUAUUAUUCACAUCGUGGUAAUUAAACAAGGCUGGUUGCGUUUGAUAUUCAUGCUUAUGCUUUAUGGAUGAAACUACAAUUUUUGCAUUUUCAUUUUUCAUAUUAGUAUUCAUUAACUACAUUUCAGACCAUGCUGGGAAUUCAUUUGAUGUAGUGGUGGUGGGUGGUGUUGAAAUAAUCCAGGUAUUUUAGUACAGGAGUAUCCUAACAUGAAGUUAUUUCUGUUAAGGGAGAGAAAAUGGCCACGAGGGACUAUAUAGGAAAGAUGAGGCCCAGUUUUUUUUUGGUUUUGUUUUUUACGAGCAUAGGCGAAAUAUCUAGUUGUAGACUGUUCAUGGUGUGAAGUGUU